AUGAGAACGCGAAAGAUUUCAUCUAUCGAAUUUGAAAAUUUUCAAAUCACGGUGGAAUUCAGAUUUACUAAAGACGAGCAAAGCGAGAAAAUUCAAGACACUUGUUUACUAGAUAAGUUUAACCAGUUUUGGAUCGUAUACAUAUUUGAAUCGUGUGCCUUUUUAAUUGGAGAUUUUGAACAAGCAUUAAUUGACAGUAAUUAUGAAAGAGCUUGA